AAAAAUUGAGAUGAUAAUGCUACAGGGAAGAAUUCCAAUUUCAUCCUUUGACAAUUACACGCACAAAUAAUAAUGUCCUAGCCCCCUUCACUAACUUUCCAGGAAAUUGCACACCCAUCAUCAAUCUUUAUUUAACACUUGCCUCCUCUUUUUUCCAACCAUCUCUUGCUGCUUCAUUCUUUUCUUCUUCAAUUCAUAUCAUAUCAAUUAGAUUUGUUUUCAGAGUUUGCUAGUGAGAUACCAUGGACAACUACAACAGCAAUGACUUUUGGAAAUUCAGUGACCAGUUGAGGCUUGAAUCUGGUUUGGCCAAUCUGUCUCUGAAUGAUUAUUCCAUUUGGAGCAACAGCUACAGCUCCAAGAGGCCUGAUCAGAGGAGGAACUUUGAUGUCAAGGGCAGUGAUUUCAACAACUCAUCAAAGCCUUUUGAUGAUGAUUUCAAUGAUGGCUGGAAGAUCACCAAUUCCAAUGGACCCCUUUUCUCUAUGCCUCACAACAACAACACUCACACUCUUGAAGUUGGAGGCUUCAACAAGGGAGGAAUCUAUUCCAACACCAACACCACUUCCUCCUUAUAUCCUAACCUUAACAACAACACUCUUGGAGGCUUCAACAAGGGAAUCUAUUCCAACACAUCCUCACCCUAUCUUAACCUUAACAACAACAACAACAACAACCACCUCAACAACAACCUUAACAGCAAUAAUCUCAAGGGCUACAAGACAUUUUUUAAGGGUGAAGAUCAGUUUCACACACCCAAAAGUGCCAAGAAAAACAGCAGCAACAACAACAACAAGAAGCAUGGGGACAACACUAACAAUAAUGAAGCCACCAAGACUGCUGCAGAGAAGAAAUUCAAAACACUGCCACCAUCAGAGUCUCUGCCUAAGAAUGAAACCAUUGGAGGCUACAUCUUUGUUUGCAACAACGAUACCAUGGCAGAGAAUCUCCAAAGACAGCUCUUUGGUCUGCCUCCACGGUACAGAGAUUCAGUUAGAACAAUAACUCCAGGGUUGCCCCUUUUUCUGUACAACUACUCCACUCACCAACUCCAUGGUAUCUUUGAGGCUGCAAGUUUUGGAGGAUCUAAUAUUGAUCCAACGGCUUGGGAGGAUAAGAAGUGCCCUGGUGAAUCUCGUUUCCCUGCUCAGGUUCAAGUGAUUACUAGGAAAGUUUGUGAGCCACUAGAGGAAGAUUCCUUCAGACCAAUUCUUCACCACUACGACGGCCCUAAGUUCCGUCUUGAGCUGAGUGUGCCUGAGGCACUGUCUCUUCUGGAUAUUUUUGCAAACCAGAACAGUUUCGAUGACAUUUUCAAAGUCAUUCCAGCAUAGAAGGGUAGAAAUUAUACAAGAAGAGAAGUUACGAGCACAAUGGAUAAUGAAUGAAUACUGUGGACUCAUAAUAUUAGAGUGUCAGAAGAUAAUUAAGACAAUGAAAAUAUGGUGGGGGACGAUUAUAUUGAAUUCCAGCCCUUAUAUAUUUAUUUGUUAUAAUUACUAUAAUGUUAUUAGUAUAGAGGCUGUUAUGCCUGGUUGCCCAUUUUUUCUUGUUAUGGGUGUAUAUGAACAUCACAUAAAAACAAUACAAUAAGAAGGAACUAACUUUGCUCA